CUGCGGGAGGGGGAAGCAAUGGAGGGUCGCCGUUAAGGUGGGUUGCCUUGUUGUCGCGCUUUGCUUAAGUAUGCUUGGUUCUCACCGUUUUGUCCUUUCGAGGUGUAUAUUUUCCAAAAUUGGCUUACCUCUGCGAUAUCUUCAAUCUGUUGGAUAUGUUUAUGGGUAUUCGACAUAGCCUGGCGCUGCCAGUAGCGCUGCUUUCGCUCUUCCUCCCAUUCAUCAACAGUCUUCCGUACACACCACGCGAUCUCCUCAACCGCGACGAGCCUUUCUCCGUCCCCCUCCGCAUCCUCCCGCUCGGCGACUCGAUAACCUGGGGCGUGCAACCCAAAGCACCACCCGAAGGCACAAACGGCUACCGCAAACAACUGCGCGAUCGCUUGACCUCCUCCGGCGCACAAGUCAAUCUCGUCGGAACACAGCACUCAGGCAACAUGACGGACGACGAGAAUGAGGGACAUCCGGGGUACACAAUCAGCCAGCUACAAGGCGUGAUGGGGCCUGGGCUGGAUUUGAAACCCAACGUCAUUCUUCUGCAUAUCGGCACGAAUGACAUGAACUAUGAUGAGUCGCAUGCGGGUGCUGGGCCGUACAGCGAGGCGCCGGACAGGUUGGGAACGCUGUUGGAUGUAAUAAUUGAGGCGUGCCCGGACGCGUUGCUCAUGGUGGCCAAGAUUAUUCAGUCGAAGAAGGAGGGUACGGAACUGAGGAUUCAGACGUAUGAUGAGGCGGUUCCGGACGUGGUGAAAGAGCGGGCCGACCAGGGGCACAAAGUGAUAGUAGCGGAUCUAAGUACUGUUCAGCCGGAUGAGUUGGCUGAUGAUUUGCAUCCGAGCGAUGCUGGAUACAUUCACAUGGGAAAUAUCUGGUUUGACGCCGUCAAGGCCGCCGCUCAGCAAGACCUCAUCUCUGCGCCCACCUGAUUGUGCUUCAUGAAAAGAUCAAUCUCGGAAUCGUCCAUGCAUAGCGCGGGCGUGUAUCUGUUAACGAUUAUAUGUACGAUAUCAGUUGGUCCUAGAAGAAUUGGGCAAGUGCUAGCGAAUUGCCAGCGAACAAAGCGGUAAUGUUGGUUCCUGCUAUAUCUGUCUCAUUUUCCGCGUCUUAU